CCUGCGGGAUGAAUCCACUUUAACGUGAGGCAGAAGUGGGGAGGGGCGAGUAGAGGGGCUUUAUAAAAGCAAACUGAGACCUUCACCCAGGACAGACGAAGUACUGAGAAGUACACUGCUACUUGAUUUCAAGUUUUGGGCUGCUGCAUGCCUCCACAUCGGAGACGUUUUACUUGAUCGCUUGAAUUCACAGUCAUUUUGGCCGUCCUUUGGUGACGAUGGAGGUUCUUAAGUUUGCAGUUGUCUUGUUGUUGGUCGUGUUCGUGCAGGUGUUUGGCGCUCUGGGGACCUCGCUCUCUAGUGAGGAAGAAGACGAGGUGUGGACAGUGGACAACUGGGAGGGCUACCCACUACAAAGAGAUCUAACUAUGCAUCUGGCAGACCUCAUCAAGCGGUCCAAAGCCCAGCAGUUCCACGGCCUGAUGGGUAGAAGCCCAGGCAGAACUCAACCUGUCAGACUGGGCAGGAAAACAGGAAAUAAAGGGGACAUGUUUGUUGGACUCAUGGGCAAAAGGACUUUAGGUGAAGAAACACAUGAGGAAUGGCAAUCUUACCCCAACUAAAAGAGAAAAAAUGAAGCGUGAGACUUCUUUGAGAGUCUCAGAUUCAACUGUAAUAUAUUCUGUCCUUUGUCGUGGAUUAACAGGACACAGAGUCACAUAGAGGACAAUGGUUGCACAAAUUCAGCUGCUUUAAAUCCCUGAAGUCAUUGCCUUUCCAUCACUGUAAAACUAUAACCCUUCCUGUUAUUGAUGUCUGUUAAGUCUCAUUAACAACUUUGUACAUGUUAGCCAUAUGUCUUUCAGGAGAGUUUGCCUACUUCAGUUAAAUCCAUUAAGUCUACUUUCUGUGUUACUGCUGCAAAUGAUUGAAAUGGAAUAUUUGGAUGUAUUAGCAUGAUAAAUGAUUAACUUCACGGCUUGUUAAGGUAUAUUUUUGCAAGUUUUUGGGGGAAUCAUGCUCUGAUAACUCCAUGGUAAUAUUGUAAUGCUAUGACAUUGCAGCUUGUGUAAUAAAACA